AUGCCGAACUCCGACGAGAGCAGCAGCUCCGGCGAGAGCAACAGAUCAGUACCAUCAUGUCGUCUUCUCAUAUAUCUCUUUGUAGCAAUCUUCGCGACCUCGGCAAUCAUAUUAACAUUAAUCAUAAUCUUAAUCCCGCAUCGUAUAAAACUCCAUGUCACCUCCCUCACUCUAUCUUCCUUCUCCGCCUCGGAAUCCCAACUCAUCGGCGGCACUUGGAACGUCGUCUUCUCUAUCACCAACCCAGAUAAGAAGACGAGGGUUGCCUUCGAUGCCCUCCAAGUUUCAGUCUUUUACAGAGACUGCCUCGUGGGUGGCGGGAACAUUCAGCCUUUCUGCGAGGGGAAGAAGGAAAUGAGGUCGGUGAACGCCACGGUGGUGGUUGCCGCGCCGGAGAAUUUGCUGCAGUGGUUGCUGUAUUACUUGUCGUAA